CUUGAGGAUGACUUCCUCGAACACUUCGCAUUCGAUGCCUCAUGUGCUCGAUUGUUUUUGAGACGCACACACGCCGAAAAAGAUGGAGAGCCCUUCUAAUCAUGUUCUUUAGCUGUAGGUCCAACUGAUCAAUUCACGUACACGUCCCUUGCUGCUCGGUGCUUGAAUUACUCCGAGCCUAGGCUCAUGCUCUUGGUUCCUCCCACAUGACCACUACACACUAAAAUCAUAGCGAUUACCGUAGAGCUAGUCUACGGCCACGCACAACGGUUACGCCCACAAUAUGCUUCGUCUGGCCAAACCAAAGCUCGGCAGCACAUCAUCCCCAAAUCGUUUCGGCGCUCGGAGGAGCGGACAUCAUUCCGUCACCAACCUUGCAGCUCGCUCGAUGCCCCGCCUAGCCCCGCUGUACCUGUGCAGGCAUACGAGAGCGGGCGCUGCAGGUAGACUUGUUCAUGACGAGGAGGUCUUUCUCAUACAAAAGAUGGAUUAGAUUAUAUCGCUUAACUGAAAAGAAAGACUUCAUUUUCUGCGGCUGCAAGCGGUCACCCAUUUCAUACAUCCUUCAUACAAAGGCUAGACAACAAUUUUAUCCGCCCAUAACCUAGAGCUCCUUCAAAAUACUAGCAGUCCACUAUGUCAACAAAGCACUUUAUCUCGGAUCCGUCUCACCUCGUCAACACCGCCCUCCAUGCUGUAACUCUCACAAACCCAUCCCUUUCCAUCGACCUACCAAAUAAAAUCAUUUACCGCACCAAUGCGAGUCCUUCAAAUGUAUCCUUGAUCUCCGGCGGUGGCUCUGGUCAUGAGCCCUCCUUCGCCUCCUUUGUCGGCAAUGGUCUUCUCACAUCUGCUGUCGCGGGCACAAUCUUCGCCUCGCCAUCAGCAGUGCAGAUACGCAACGCGAUCAUGGGGCGUGUGCCGACGCAGAAGGGCGUGCUUGUCAUAGUGAUGAAUUAUACAGGCGAUGUUUUGAACUUUGGCAUGGGCGUUGAGAAAGCGCGUGCUCACGGAGUGCCAGUCGAGAUGGUCGUCGUAGGCGACGAUGUUGGUGUCACGCGUUCGGCUGCAGGAAAGGUGGGAAGAAGGGGAAUCGCAGGAACAUGUCUCGUGCAUAAGGUCACCGGAGCUCUUGCGGAACAAGGUGCCAGCCUGGACGAUUGCGUUAAAAUUGCGAAGUUGGUCAGUGGAAACCUAGUCUCUGUGGGCGCGAGCCUAAGCCAUGUGCAUGUACCAGGAAGAGAUAAGGUAAGCGCAGAGGAGGAACUGGAAGAGGAAGAGAUAGAGGUAGGAAUGGGAAUUCAUAACGAGGCAGGCAGUGAGAGAGUGAAGACCGAUCUCGUUGGUUUGGUGAAGAAGAUGCUCGCUCAACUGUUGGACCAGACAGAUAAGGAACGAGCAUUCUUGAACAUCCCCAAGGGCGCUAAAGUCGUGCUCCUGGUGAACAAUCUCGGUGGCGUGUCAGUCUUGGAGAUGGGCGGCAUUGUCGACGAGGUCGUCAGGCAGUUGCAGGACACGUGGGGUCUAGAGCCAGUACGCACGCUCCUCGGCACGUUCAUGACAAGCUUGAAUGGGAUGGGCUUCUCCAUCUCGCUCUUGCAGCUGCAGGACACAGGUUUGGGUGCUGGCAAGAGUAUGCUUGAAUUGCUCGAUGCACCAUCAGAAGCCACCGGCUGGAGUGCAGCCAUCAAGACUUCAACUUGGGAUAGAGUAAAACCUGCGAUCAAGACAGAGGAAAUCAAACCUGUAGACGAGGAAGAAAAGCCAGGAAAUCUGAAAUUUGACUACGCUUAUGCGCGAACGGCGCUAGAGACCGCGCUCAAGCGUCUAAUUGCAGCAGAGCCCGACAUCACAAACUACGACACCAUAGUUGGCGACGGUGACUGCGGCAUCGGUCUCAAGCGGGGCGCCGAAGGUCUUCUCAAGAUGCUGGAGCGUUCAAAAUCCACAGACGACGUUCUCAUCUUCCUUCAACGCGUCAUCAAAGUUGUAGAGAGUACCAUGGACGGAACGUCGGGCGCAAUCUACGCAAUCUUUUUGAACGCUCUCGCCGCGGGAGUGAGAAGUCAGAGUCCGACGAGCACGAGCGCUGCAGCCGAGGUCAGGGAGCCAAUGCAGGUUGGAAUCUGGGCCAGAGCGCUGGAAACGGCUCUCCAGUCCCUUGGGAAAUACACGCCAGCCCAACCCGGUGACAGGACAUUGGUGGAUGCGCUGGAUCCAUUUGUAAGCACAUUGAGCAGAACUGGCAGCGUACAGAAAGCGGCAGAGGCGGCACAAGAAGGCGCAAAGAAAACCAAGGACAUGAAGGCAAGCCUGGGAAGGACGGUGUACGUCGGUGGUGAAGGCUUCAAAACCGUACCGGAUCCAGGCGCCUACGGUCUUGCGGAGUUUCUGAUGGGAUUAAACGAAGGUCUGAAGUGAUGUGUAUCUUCUUUUGCAUUUGAUGAUUGACGCGAGGUCUGCAAUCGAAGGAGGAGAAAAUAUAUAAAGGCUUGGUGUAUGCCUUACAUGAUCAUCAUGUCUCAUUUUUUUUUCGGGCUUGCC